GAGGGCAGGAGGAGCCAGGAAGCUGGGGGCGGGGCCUCUCGAGGAACCUGCACACGUGUACCACCACCAUCCCUUCCUCUGACCCGCUGAAGGCCCAGGUGAGCCCUCGCUGAAAGGAGCCAACCCCAGGCUUCCCUUUGAGAUGGCGCAGUGCUUCAAACACAGAUGGGUUAGUUAACCGGCCCGGGACUGAGAGCCAGCUACCAGCCCCAGGACACGGCGUUUCUGCUAGCAGCAUUCAAAGCUGCCGCUGUGUACCACGGCUGGGGGCGGAGCGGGGGCUGGUAUGGGUCCUAGAGUGGACCACUGACCUUCCCAGGUCUGCUCCAAAAAGCAUUAGGACUCCAUAGGGAACAGGUGAGACUAACAGCUUGAACAGCUGUUGCAGAAGCUGAAGAAGACCCUGCCUGGAAAAGAUUCGGUGGGGGACGGCGCUGCUGGAAUCAGGAUUGGCCAUUGAGUUGGAGUUGCCCCGCCUGCUCCCAUGUCCGCGGCUGAACACCUGGACCCGAUUCCUGACAGCUUCAUUCUGCAGCCGCCGGUCUUCCACCCGUGCCCAGGAGACUGCAGCCCAGCAAUGCUCUACAGAAGGCCCAGCUCCCAGCAGGCACCGCCACUAAUGAGCACGGGUUAUUACCUUGCCCGGCUUGGUCGUCUCGUCCCUAGAGGACUUCAUCACUCAGUUAAUUAACGCGUUCUGCCAAGAGCCUGGGAACUGGAAGCCACUGUGCUGCUGGGUCCUGCAAAGCUGUGGGCACCAUGCCAUGUGGAGAGGCUGGCCUCUGGCAUCUCCCCAGGCGCCUGAGUAAUGGGCUGAAGUACCGGAAAUCUCCUGGGCGCCCAUCGCCCCUUCACAGGCUAGGAACCACCAACUGGAGGGCUCCCUGGGGUGGUCUGGGUUCUCUGAUUGCCACUGGGUGUUGACAAGCAAUACAUGAAGGCUGAUGCUGUGACCCCGCCACCGGGUUCACCUGCUGGCCUGUUGGCAAGCCUUUUGCAGAGCUCCCACAGUGUUCAGAUAGUUGCUGAGUCUGUCAAAGGGAAAGGCAAUGAGGCUCCAGUUAUAAGGAGCUAUGGUCAUAAUGGGAAAACAUUUAGCCAGUGCCUCUAUACUAGGGAGCUGAGGGCCAAGCUAGCAUCGUGAGCUAAGUGCUCCGAGAACUCGGGAGAGGGAAAGCAAAACUGUGUCCAGAUGGAGAGAGAGAAAAAAGGGUGAGAGGGAACAGGCCCAGAAAAAGAGGUGAAAAGUGUAUGCGUACUUUAGGAAGGCCAGGUGUAGCACGAUUAAUAGAAACUCAGAGACAGAAAUUGGGGUUCAACCUGAAGACCAGAAAAACAAAACAGCCAGCCACUGGUUCUUACCUCGACCUCAGUCUGAAAUGGUGAUCUUGCCUCCAGGAAGCCUCAGAAUGAGACUGAGCCUGAGAGCUGUCUCCUCCCAUUGUAUAAUCCUCUCUAGUUCUGGGAUUAAGGACGUGCACCACUACCGCCUGGUUUCUGUGUCAAGCUAGUGUGGCUACUGGGAUUAAAGGUGUGUGUCAUUGCUGCCUGGACUGUAUGUCUGGCCAGUGUGGCUGUUUUACUUUUCUGAUCCUCAGGCAAGCUUUAUUUAUUAAAAUACAAAUGAAAUGCCACUGCAGCCAGGCACCCUCUGUGUGAGAAAAGAUGGGCCCGGGGGUGACUGACCACUGCUGGGUAUCUCCGAGAGUUCACAGCAGGGUCAGCUUGCUCCCAACUUCUCCAUUCUUUCCUCCUCUCAGCUCCUAAACUCUGGACACUCACCAGUCCUCAGACGUUUCCUUCCCGGGUGGCAUCCAGUGGGUGAACUCCUCAGUGGGGUCACAGUAGCCUGUUGGUGCUCUAACAGGGCGGUGAAGCUAUAUUAGGCUGCCCCCCCCCCGGGGGGGCAUUGUGGUUUUAACAUCUCUGCCCAAGACAGGAGAGCUUUGAGAAGACCUGUGAUGGUUCAUUGGACUAACCACUUGAUGGGAUUUAGAAUUGCCAAGGAAACAAAUCUCUAGACAAGCCUGUGAGAUAUUAUCUAGACGUCAUUAAUCAAGGUAAUGAGAGUCACCCCUCAGUGUGGGGUGGCACCAUUCUGGGGGCUGAAUCCUGGUCUAAAUAAAAAGCGUGCAUCAGGACAAGCACCAGCUUUCAUGGCGGCCUGAAUCCUGACUGGAUUCUGCGGUGCCUCAAGCUAGGCACUAGCUUUCUUUGAAUCCUGACUGGAUACAAUGUGACCAGCUGCUUCACGCUCCUAUUGCCGUGACUUCCUGCCAUGAUGGACUGUCCCCUGGAACUGUGAGGCAGAAGAAACCCUCCCUUCCUUCAGCUGCUCUUGUCGGGGAUCUUGUUAGAGCCAUGAGGGAAGUAACUUACCCUGGAAUAUCAGAGAGAAAACUGGUCUUCCCCACAAGGACACUUUCUCUUGAGGGCUUAUUAGUUACUUUGUCUUAUUGCUGUGGAAAAAAAAAAAAAAACUUAGCAGAAGCAACUUAAGGCCGGAAAGGUUUGUUCUGGCCCCAGCCACAGGAGAUGUGUCCACGUGCAGGGAAGGUGGUAGGAGGUGCCACUCUUACAACUCAAGUGUCAAGAACCGAAGGCCAUGGAGGCUUGAACACCACUGGCCUUUGCCUUUUUAUUUGGUCUAGCAGCAGCCUAUGAAAAGGUACUGUCCCCAUUUAGGGUGGGUCUUCCCACUUCAAUUAUCCUUACCUAGAAAAUCCCACACAGAUGUUCCCAAGAAUGUGUUUCUGCAGUAUCUGUAAAUUUAUUUCAUCAAGCUAAGAGUCGAGAUUAACUUCACAGUGGGGAAGCUGAGUUUCCUUGUCUUUCCUCCUCACCACACCCACCCCUACACACAGGAGUCCCUGGUUCCGCCACAGGUCGGCUCACCCCGUUUCUCUUCCCUGUUCAGGUGGUUCCCUAUACCACAACAAUUUUCGGUGGCCUGUAUGCAGGCAAGAUGAUCAUGCUGCAAGGUGUGGUCCCUCUACAUGCACGAAGGUUUCAGGUGGACUUCCAAUGUGGGUGCAGCCUGCACCCUCGGCCAGAUAUUGCCUUCCACUUCAACCCUCGCUUCUACACUGUCAAACCCCAUGUCAUCUGCAACACCCUCCAAGGUGGAGUCUGGCAGAAAGAGGUCCGGUGGCCUGGUGUCACCCUGCAGAGAGGUGCUAGCUUCCUCGUCCUCUUUCUCUUUGAGAACGAAGAGGUGAAGGUGAGUGUUAAUGGACAGCAUUUUCUUCACUACCGCUACCGGCUCCCACUGUCACGUGUGGACACCCUGGGCAUAUAUGGUGACAUUUUGGUGAAGGCUGUUGGAUUCUUGAACAUCAAUCCAUUUGUGGAAGGCAGCAGAGAGUAUCCAGUUGGAUAUCCCUUCCUGCUGUAUAGCCCCAGACUGGAGGUGCCCUGCUCACGCACUCUUCCUCGGGGUCUCUGGCCUGGGCAGGUCAUCGUAGUUCGAGGACUGGUCUUGCAAGAGCCAAAAGAUUUCACCCUGAGCCUGAGGGAUGGGGCCACCCGUGUUCCUGUGACACUCAGAGCUUCCUUCACAGACAGAACACUGGCCUGGGUCUCCUCCUGGGGACGAAAGAAGCUGAUCUCAGCCCCCUUCCUCUUUUACCCCCAGCGAUUCUUUGAGGUACUGCUUCUGUGCCAGGAGGGAGGGCUGAAGCUGGCACUCAAUGGGCAAGGGCUGGGGGCCACCAGCCUGGACCAGAAAGCCCUGGAGCAGCUGCGGGAGCUCAGGAUCAGUGGAAGUGUCCAUCUCUACUGCGUCCACUACUAAGGAGGACUCCAAGGGCACCCGAAUCAGAGAAGAGGAAGGGCAGCUGCAGCCAGGGCUCCACAGUACAGCCUCACUCUGCCAUCCUCACUGGACCCUUGACCUGUCAUCACCACGUCAGGCCUGUUCACAUCAGGUCACAAGAUUGCGUCUACAAGGGCGUCAGGGCCCCACGACUAGGGAAGGCUUACAGCUCUGUGCCUCUUCCACCAGGAGCUUGGUGGCUCUGUUUUCCUAGACUGUACUCAAGGGGGACAAACUUUAUAACCUCACAGAGACAUACAUACAUUUAUUGCAUUUUAAUCAAUUCUGAAAGCAAGGGUCCAGGUCAGCGUGGUGUCCUGCACUCAUCUUCAGCGUUCAAACUCUGCCUUGGUCCUCCUUCCACCACUCCAUAGGGCCAUGGGGCUGAAACUCUAUCCAGGCCCAGCCUCUGAGGAGGCGAAUAGAGUGUGAAAAGAAAGCUCCAGGCCUACGAUCAACACACCCAUCCAUCCUCCCAGGCCCAGCCUAUGAUCAACACAUCCAUCCAUCCUCACAGGCCCAGCCUAUGAUCAACACAUCCAUCCAUCCUCACAGGCCUAUGAUCAACACAUCCAUCUAUACUCACAGGCCUAUGAUCAACACAUCCAUCUACCCUCCCAGGCCCAGGCCUAUGAUCAAUACAUCCCAUCUAUCCUCACAUUUCCAUUUUCACUCAGAUUUUAUCUACAAUUGCUCAAUAGUUUGUGAAGCUUUGCCCAACGUAACAACUACCACAGUUGCUUGCAUGGUUUUAGCUAAAGGAAAAUAGCCACAUCCCAGAAAAACACACUGAUAAUGGGGUCACGUUUUAGUCACCUAGCCAUGUAAACAGGAGUGAUAAAAUUAUAAAAAUUGUCUAGGUGGGACAGCGGCUAUGCCGUCUAUGUUUGUAUAAUGUACUCUGGGGUGUUCACAUAGUGGCAAAAUGGUUGAAUAAUGAGUUUCUCAGAAUUUCUCCCUGUCAUAAAAUGAUACAUGGCUUAGCAGGAUGAAAUAAGGAAGACUGUAGAUGGUUUGAUUUGUUCUAUUCCUGGAAAUAGAAUCUGGGCUCACCUUACAAUGGACUUCGGAUUAUACCACUUGGAAAUGUUUCUGUGAUAUUAUCCACAUGCCCGUAGCUGUGACAGGUCACUGGCUGGAAGAUGCUGAUGGAGGAUUCGCUAUUUUAUAACUUUAUACUCUAAGCAGGGAGUCAUUUUCUUCCCUCAUCCAUUCACCAAGAAUGAUCAUACAUCUAUCAUGAAAAAAAAACUCAAUAAAUAUGGGGGGGGGUGACUUUUACUACCAAUAUGCCUUUAUUAUAAUCCAGGAAAAGUAGAAGUCAGAGAAAAAGAUGGCUGAGAGGCAACCCCUAGACACCAAGGCUCCGGAUUCUGGGAAGAAUAUGGGCCAAAAAGAGAGACAUGCCACUUAGCCAGGAGCAAAGCCUGUCCCUGCUCUUACAUACUUUGGUGGUCUUCUUAUACCUUUAAAGCCAACCCGAAAACUCUGUAGCGAAAUUCUUUAUUCUCCUUAAAACUUUUUCUCAACUUUUCUCAGAUACCACAAUAUUUUUAGAUUUAGGUAUUAUUAGAUACCACAAUAAUCUUUUUAAAUAAACUUGUUGAGGACUUGAAAGAUGGCUCAGCAAUUAAGAGCACUUGCUGCUCCUCCAGAGGACACGGGUACAAUUCCCAGCCUCCACAUGGCCACCCAUACCCAUCAGUACCUCCAGUUACAGAAGAUCUGAUGCCCUCUUCUGGCCUUCACAGGCACUGCAUGAAUGUGACACAGACAUACACAGGCAAAACACCCACGUAAACAAAUAAAAAUUAGCCAGGUGGUGGCAGUAAUGCACACCUUUAAUCCUAGCACUCAGGAGGCAGAGGCAGGCAGAUCUCUGAGUUCGAGGCUAGCCUGCUUUACAGAAUGAGUUCCAGGUAGCCAGGGAUACACAGAGAAGCCUGUCUCAAAAAUCCACCAAAGAAAAGAAAAAUUUUUUAAAUAAACAUGUCAGUUCCCACAUAUAUAUUUCAUAAUUUGCACUAGUACCUCAGCAGCAAUUAUUGAUAUAAUCGUAUUUACUUAUUUAAUCUACUAAAGAAAUAAACUAUAUUGAGAAAAAUCUAAUAUACUACCUUAAAAUUUUUGGAGUAAGAUUUAUUUGGUGCAGAUGAAUACAUCUUAAUAAAUACAUCGUGUUUUUAUUCA